CAAGAUCAGGUGUGAAAUCGAAUAAACUUUAUCAUGUGAAGUAUAGUACCAUAAUAGUGCCCUUAGCCAGACAUCACGGACCUCAUACAUCCAUUCAUUCAGUCAGUCAGGUAAUCCUAUUUCACAUACUGUGUACAUCACUCGAUUUAGUCUUAUCAUUACACGUCCAUCCAAAACACCCUGGCCCACUCGUCCCAGAGACUCGUCUCAACAUGCAAACCCAAACUCUAAGAGCCUCGAUCAACCGUGACCCAUUUCAAAGCUCCCACUCUCGUUGGCUCGCGCUUAUACACCGCGCGCCUUCAUCCCACUCAUCCUUCGUCUACGGCGUCAAAUCCACAAAGAUCUACUGCCGCCCUACCUGUAAUGCACGCCCUGCUCGACGAGCCAAUAUCGUCUUCUACGACACAAAAGACCAAGCGCAACGCGAUGGCUACCGGCCGUGCAAGAGAUGUCAGCCUGACAAUGCGAGCUUCGUGGGGAAAAGAGACGAGCUUGUCACAAGGGUCAUGGCGCUGUUGUGGACAAAAAAGGAUGGUGGGUUGAUGAUGAAGCGAGGCUUGAAAGAGCUGGCAACAGAGGUCGGAGUUACGCCGAGUUAUCUGUGCCGUGUCUUCAAGAAGACGAUGGGCGUUACAGUUGGAGAGUACAUAAAAGAGUUUGAGAGGGAGACAGGCGAGGGCGAGAUAGAGAGCGAGGUCCAAUCUCUGUCUCCCAGCGAAUAUGGGUCAUCAAGUGUAGUGGAUGUGGCGACGGAGUCCUUGACGACGGCAAUAAUACCAAGCGGCCUUCUAGUGCCUCCUGAGGUUCUGUUGGGAGAGUUGGUAGAGGUGGAUAUGGGGAGUAUUGAAGAGGAUUUGGACUGUAGUGUUAAUUUUGGCGACUGGGUCUGGACUGAUGACUUCUUGAAUGAAGGAUUCUUGGAUGGCGGCUUCUUGGAUGAUAGUAUCUACGAAUUGACAUGGCAUGAUUCAAGGACCUAAAUUAGAUAUCUAUAUCUAAGCAAAGGCGGAAUACGUUAAUAGAAUAAUUAUUAGACGGGUCUAGGACAAUUACAUGACAUCAGAGCCAGAGUAGUAGUAUAUACCAUAUAAUAAUGGUACUGCUAGUAACGUCCUCCAGGUAUGCAAUCAAGCAGCCGUGCAGUCGGUAUAGAUUAACCGCGGGAGAUCUUACUGUAGCUGAAACUGGG